UUGCAACAAAUAAAGCACUAGAUUUUUAAGAUUUAUUUAUUUUUUACGUAAACAAAACAUUAUUUUGUUAUUUUUAUUACUAAUUACCGCAACUUGGAAUGAAUUAAGUUACAAAGAUUAUUUUUUUAGUAUAAAAAAAUUAAAAUGUUAAAAGCCGCUCUGUUAAAUAGUGCAAAGCGUAUGCUUUCUACCAAAAUAACACCGCAUCAAGAAGCGCUCAUGGCGAGGGGCUUACCAAAAAAACAACCCCUGCCGGGUGUUGCAAAUAUUGUAGUUGUUGCAUCUGGUAAAGGUGGGGUAGGUAAAUCCACAGUUGCCGUCAAUUUAGCAGUUUCACUGGCUAACAUUGGCAAGCGUGUCGGUUUGCUAGAUGGCGAUAUUUUUGGUCCAUCUAUACCACUGAUGAUGAAUGUACACGAAGAGCCUUUGGUAGAUGAUAAAAAUCUAAUAAUACCUCCCGUUAAUUAUGGUGUUAAAUGUCUGUCGAUGGGUAUGCUAACCCAGCAUGGUGAUGCUGUAAUAUGGAGAGGGCCUCUGGUAAUGUCUGCAUUACAGCGGCUAUUAAAAGGAGCCCUGUGGGGUCCCUUGGAUGUAUUAAUAGUGGAUACGCCACCCGGCACAGGAGAUGUCCACUUAUCAUUGGCACAAAAUGUACCAAUUUCAGGAGUACUUUUAGUAAGUACUCCCCAGACGGCGGCACUUGAAGUUACUCAAAGAGGUGCGCAAAUGUACAAAACAUUGGGCAUUCCAAUUUUUGGUCUAGCCGAAAACAUGGGACAUGCAAUUUGUGGUAAUUGUCAACAUAAACUUGAAAUAUUUAAAAAUACCACACAGAAAUUUACCAAAGACAUGAACAUUGAAUUGCUAGCUACUAUACCACUGGAUGGUAACAUAACAGAUUGUUGUGAUAACGGCAUUCCAAUGGUUCUUAAAUACAAGGAUAGCGAAUAUGCCAAAAGUUUUAAAUCGUUGGCUUUGAAUAUCCUCAACAAUUUUGAAGGCUCCAAACAACAAGAAAAAACGUAGAAAUAUUUUCUGAAUAAAGCAAAAAUUAUUUAUUUUUCUUAA